AUGAAACCAUAAGAAUAUAAAUGGAAUGAAAAACUAUGGAAACCUAUUGUUAGACCUCCAAGAAAUUGUUACCAUCUAAAAGAUCUAGGGAACGAUCUAUUUAAAAUUAAAGAUACAAUCACAAAAAGAACAGACUUUGAGAUAUAUAAUAAUAGAAAUCAGAAAUUACAAUGUAGUUUAUUCGAACCUAUCAAAAUGCAGGGAAAUCCUCAUCCUUGCAUGAUAUACUUGCAUGGUAAUUCAAGUAGUAGGAUAGAGGCAUUCACAAUAAUUGAAUAUUUAAUUCCAGCGAACAUUUCAGUUUGUGGUAUUGAUUUAUCUGGUUCUGGAUUAUCUGAAGGAGAAUAUAUAUCCUUGGGAUUUCACGAGUGUCAUGAUGUUGUAUGCUUAUACGAUUACUUAAGAGAAAACAAAAGUUAUAUUACAUCUAUUGGAUUAUGGGGUAGAUCUAUGGGUUCGGUGACUGCCAUUUUAGCUGCUUAUAAUAAUAUUGAUUUUAAAGUUUUAGUUUGUGAUAGUCCGUUCUCGAAUUUAACUUUGUUAUGUAAAGAACUAGCUAAGACAAACUAUAAAAUACCUAAUUGUUGUUUCAAUUGUUUUUGGUGCUAUGUAAAAUCUAAAAUUCAUUAAGAAGUUCAAUUCAAUAUUGAUGAAUUGAAUAUAGUUUAAAUAAUACAAGUAUUACCUUAGGAUGUUCAUAUAUUAUUUUUGUCUGCAUAAUAAGAUGAUUUGAUCAGAGAAAGUCGCCCGAAAUUGCUAAUGAAACAAUUUCGUGGGCAAAAUAAGGAAUUGUUUAGUUUUGAGGGAACUCAUAAUUCCAAGAGACCAGCAAAAAUAAUGGAAGAUUCAGUUGCCUUUGUAUUAAAGGCUUUUGGAUAAAAUGUGUGGACUGCAUCUAAUAUCAAAUAUGCGAUGAAAUACUCAUAGAAUUAACUAUCUAAAUAAGUUCCUUUAUUAAAGGGAGAUAAGAGAAGUGUGCAACCCCAUAUGGAAAAAGAAGAUUAUUGA